AUGGGUCCCAAGAUUCUCUUGGUGUCUCUGGUGGUCUUACUUCUUAGUGGCGGGGCCCUAGCCGGCAAGAAACUUCUAACCACGUCAACCGUCGCUCCCACAAACGCUGAUGUUCAGGCUCUGAAAUCGAAGUCCCUUGCGAUGCAGCAGCAGGCCUCUCAGAGGACUCAGGAGCGUAUUAACGCUGAGCUGGCCGCUGGUGAUGCUCAGAAGGCCAGCGACGAUGCCAAGGCAGCGGUUAACUCCGCUAAGACGGGGGUGGCGAACGCUCAGACGGCUAAGAAUGUCGCCUCGACGAACGCUGCCAACGCCGUGAAGAGCCUCCAGAAGGUCCAGCCUGCUUACGACGCGGCAGUGAAGAACGUGGCGGCCAAGCAGGCGUUGCUCGACACUGCCAAGGCCAAGUACGAUGCCGAGGUGAAGAAGGGCGCGACCCUCACGGGUACUGCAAAGACGAAGCAGGACGCUGUUAUCAAGACGGCCCUGACGGCUCAGAACACCGCGCAAACCAACUACAACAAAGCUGUGGCUGACGCCAAGGCUCCUACCGACGCGUACACCCCAGUGAAGAAGGCCAAGGAUGAUGCCGACGCGGCGCUGGCGGCAAAGACGGCCGACCUUUCGGCGGCCCAGCAGAAGCAGAUGGAUCUGGAGCUGAAGCUGUCCGAUGCGGAUCAGAAGGUGGUGGAUGCCAACAAGAAGGUGGCCGACGCUAAGGCCGCGGAGACCCAGGCUUACCAGUGGGCUUCCAAGGCCAACGAUGACUACACGACUGCUUACAAGGCGUACACGACUGCGCAGUCGGCCACUUCCACGACGACAACUACCACGACGACUACUUCCCCAACCACCACCUCGUCUACGAUUCUGUGGAACGACGGCAAGUACCCUACUACGGGCGUGACGACGUGCACGGCUCCUCUGGACAUUCCCUGCACGGACAACUGCACGGACAACAGCGGUCUGAACGGUCGCUACGUGAUCCCCAACGGCGGGCGGUGCGCGACGGGCACGACUCCCCGGUGCUUCGGAAACGCCGUUCUGCGUCGACAGUGCUGCGCGGCGUGCACCAACUCGACUGCGUGCUCCUUCUGGCAGCACUACAUCCCGUCGUCGCUCUCAUGCUCCAACUGCGGUAUCUGCUACCUGUACAAGCCCACGGACGCGCAGCCCACUUGCGAGACGCGCACGGUGGUUGUUGGCGGCACGACCCGCACGUUUGUGAACGCGUCGACUCUGGGCCGCCCGUGCCCGUACACGAAGCACGACCCGCACUUCCGCGGCGCGCACGGCACGCGGUUCGAGUUCAACGGCGCGCCGGAGAAGUCGUACUGCCUGCUGACGGACUCGAGCCUGCACGUGAACAUGAAGAUGCGCGGGUAUUACGACACGCGCACCAUCGGCGCGUCUCUGCUGCGCAACGGGCUGGCUGUGCGCACGUGGAUCCGCGAGCUGGGCUUCGUGUGGAGCGUUGACGGCGUGGAGCACUCUUUCCGCCUGGCGGCGCGCAACGGCAAGUCGGACAAGCGCGACAACGGCUUCCUCUCGCUCAUCGAGUUCGACGGCCGCGUCCUCCCCUCCCUCGAGCCCGGCGAGUCGUACAACCUGGACGGCGGGCUGGCGUUUGUGUUCAAGGGGUUCGAGCAGGAGGGCGGCGGAUUCUUCGACGUGGACGCGUACUCGCUGCGCAUCGGCGACAAGCUGGCCAUGGACAUCAAGCUGAGGCCCGCGCACCCGCUGCUGCAAACGCCCGACGACGCGCAGGUGCACUUGAACGUCAACUUCAAGCACGUGUCGCGCUCCCCUUCGGUGCACGGCAUCAUGGGGCAGACGUACCGCGAGGGCCGCGCCGAGCGUGCCAUUGACUACGCCAUGCUGUCGCGGCUGCUGCGCACUCCCUUCUCUGCCGACGGCGACAACGGCCAGGGCUUCCUGGACGGCAAGUCCUCCGACUACGAGACGUCUGGUGUGCUCUCCACGGACUGUGGCUACUCCGCUUUCUCCAAGGCCAUGUAA